UAAAACCGAAACUUUACAUUCAGGAGUCGACGAAGUGGCAUCACCUUGAAUAAAGAAAGAAAAAAGAAAACAAUACAUUUUCAGAACUAUUCGAUACGAAGUGCGGUAUAUGUGUCAUGCAACAGAAAUGACAAAAAUAAAGUAUAUAAAAUAAAGAAAGAAAAAACAGAGAGAUAGAAUUCUGAGAGCGAAAAGUAGGAAACAAAGUGAGUGGCUUGGCGUGGAAUUGUAAGGUGCGGCACUGUGACACUGUGAACUGUGUUCCAGAGACAACAAGAGGCUAACAGACGCGAAAAAAACAAAACAUUUCCCAGGGUUCAAUUGCCUCUUUUCACUCGGAGGAGAUAAGAAUUCACAAAGAGCAAAAUGUGAAAAAGUGCAAAUCAAGAAGCGCGACUGAGAUUGAGAAAGAUCAAAGGAUUCACAUGCACUGCUCAGUGACAGAUAGCUUGAACGGAUGGGUGUGUGGACAUUCCUCGGCGUCUUAUGCUGCUCGGCCCUAUGGCUGCCACAGGACACCCAGGCCCUGAAGGAUGUUCCGGACCCUCGACCGGACCCCUCCCUCUACAACCUGGGCGUCGGUAUCUACGACGCUACAGGUCCGGCAGCUGGUGUUAAUAUGAUGGGCUACGCAAACCCCGCCCAGAUCAACAAGGGCAUCCACAUGAGGUUGUACUCGAGGGCGUUCCUUAUCGACGACACAUCCCGCCGGCUCGUCUUCUUGAGCCUCGACUGUGGCAUGAUGGGGCAGCUCGUCAAAUUGGAGGUCGUGAAAAGGCUGCAGAUGAUGUACGGAGACAUGUACGACAACGACAAUCUGCUGCUGAGCUGCACGCACACGCAUUCGGGUCCUGCCGGGUACCUCCAGUACCUCCUCUUCGACAUCACCUGCAUGGGAUUCAUCCAGGAGACUUUCGACGCCAUGGUCGAGGGUGUCGUCAAGAGUAUCCAGAUGGCGCACGAGAACGUACGUCCCGGCUACCUGUACGUGUCCAGCGGUGAGCUCCUGGACUCGUCCAUCAACCGCUCCCCCACGGGGUACCUCAACAACCCGGAGGAGGAGAGGGCCAAGUACGCCUACGACACCGACAAGACGAUGACACUCCUCAAAUUCGUGGCCGAUGACGGAACUGAUAUGGGAAUGAUUAACUGGUUCGCAGUUCACCCAACGUCAAUGAACAACACAAACGCCCUCAUCUCCGGCGACAACAAAGGCUACGCCUCGCAGCUAUUCGAGAAAGACAUGAACCCGGGAGCCCUACCGGGACAGGGAAGCUUCGUGGCCGCAUUUGCCCAAUCCAACUGUGGCGACGUCAGCCCCAACACGAAGGGACCCAAAUGCAUCGACACGGGUCUUCCGUGUGACAUGGACUCCACUUGCGACGGACGCGUCAAAAACUGCAUCGCUUUCGGCCCUGGCCGUGACAUGAUGGAGAGCACCAAAAUCAUCGGUUAUAACCAGUACGCCAAAGCGAAGGAGCUGUACAACCAGCCAGAUAUGAUGAAGUUAUCCGGCCCAGUUCAAUAUGCUCAGCAGAACAUCGACAUGGGAGAUUACACCGUUCGCUUUGACGACGGAACGACGGCUAAAACGUGCCUGCCAGCCCUCGGGUACAGUUUCGCCGCCGGGACAAUUGACGGUCCGGGCGCCUUCGACUUCAAGCAGGGUACGACAGAAGGGAAUCCAUUCUGGGAUAUGGUGUCUGCUUUCCUGCAUAAGCCAUCACAAGAACAGAUCGACUGCCAUUAUCCAAAGCCUAUCUUGCUGGACACAGGCGAGAUCAAUUUCCCAUACGCUUGGCAUCCACGCAUCAUGGACACUCAAGUUGGGCGGAUUGGAAACUUCCUGAUAUUGCCUGUGCCUGGGGAAUUCACCACAAUGUGCGGAAGGAGGCUUCGAAAUCAGGUGUCAGCAACAGCUAUGGAAGAAGGCCUUCCAGAUACCAUCCCAGUCAUAGCAGGACAUUCAAACGUCUAUUCCCACUACAUAGCCACCUUUGAGGAGUACCAGGUCCAAAGAUACGAAGCAGCCUCUACUAUCUUUGGUCCACACACUUGUUCCGCUUACUUGCAACAAUAUUCCUACCUCACUGCCGCAAUGCUCAGGGGCGAAAGUAUCCCACCAGGUCCUCCUUCACCCGACAUGAGCAAAAAUGUUAUGAGUCUACUACCUGGAGUCAUCUAUGACGGAACGCAACCUGGAUCUGCGUUUGGUGACGUUAUUGCGAACCCUUACCCCUUGGCUUACAUUGGAGAGACUGUCAGUGCUAAGUUCGUUUCCGGACAUCCCCGGAAUAACGUGAUGCUAGGUGGUUCUUUCUUGAAGGUCCAACAAUUGCAGCCUGAUGACUCAUGGGUGACGAUAGCCACUGACGCAAGCUGGGAAACCAGGUUCAUCUGGGAGCGUGUGUCUUCCCUCCUCGGAACGAGCGUGGCUACCGUUAAAUGGGACAUUCCGGCGGACACUCCGGAGGGAACCUAUCGCAUCACCCACGAGGGACAUUACAAGACACUAUUCAGGGGCAUCGACCACUAUGACGGGGUCACCAAGCCCUUCAAGGUCGUGGCUGCUCCUUCCUCCCACGAGCAACCAACUACCCCGAAGGCGGACCCAUAAGAGGAAGUUCUGGUGGCAGAAGCUCUUCUUCAUGUAAACGUGGUCCCCUGCAGCGCCUCCUCCCGGAUGCCUGACGAAAUCGUCCACUGGAAACAUUACUGAUAUUAUUUACCUCCCCUUCUACACAUAGCCCCUCCUCCACCUACCCCUACCCCUUCCCAGUUUCCUUUUUCAUCUUCUUCUUUUUCUUCAUAAUUUGCAAGGAUCUGGGAAUCAAGUUCAUGAGCUGCAACUUCCUUGAAAGGUUUCGUUUUUAAAAUCUUGCAAAUCAGGAUUUAUAAAAUGAAUAUGCUAGUGUCUCAUUAACGUACCCAAACACAAGUUUUGUAUCUUUAUACAUUAUAUAUAUAUAUAUAUAUAUAUAUAUAUAUAUAUAUAUGUGUGUGUGUGUGUGU